AUGGCAGACAAGAAUUGGCUGUUAGGGCGGGGCCCUCUGGAACCGAUGUCCCUGGGCAUGAACUCCAAGCCGUGUUACAAAGAUAAGUUGACUUCCAAGUGUCUCACAAAGCAAAAGAACAGGGUUCAGAAGUGCCCCACCUUUCUGGACAGCAGGCAGUGGAUUUUUGUGAGAGGGCUGGAUGACUUCAGGUGGGGCUGCCCACCUUGUGAUGAUUUGUUCACUCGCAGAACCAAGGAGGGCUUUCUCCCCUUGAUUGCUCACAGAGUGCCCCAACCUGCCCCCAAAAUGAGUCAGAAAAAGGUGCACAAGGGAGCUGACCUGUGUUCCAUGCUCUCGCCAGCCCAACUGGCACGGAAGGCAUUCAGAGAGGACGUUGAUUCCCACCUGACCAAGCAUCCCUUGGCUCUCUACCCUAGUCUGGAGAAAGAUCUACCUGCAGACCUAUUGCUAAAGGUGCUGGAAGUGCUCGAUCCUGACAGGAAGCUGGAGGACACAUGGGCUUAUUGUCAGGGCACCAGGAGAAGAAUGAAGUCUCCCACAAAGCUUUUUGAAAAUCAUCCUGCCAGAGUCCACCCGGAACCUUCCAAGAACACCCCCGUGUCACAUAAAGACAAGGUGCUUCAUGAAGAAAGGAAGGCAAACAGAAAGGAUUCAGUCAAAAGUCCUCCUCCUCAUACAAAAGUACCCAGAAGAAUUCAUGAAUUCUGCAAGUGGGCUGCUUCUUUUGCAGCUGUGAACACCGAUGAAAAGUUCGUUAUGAAACAGUUGGACAUGAGCUAUCAGCACAAACUGACCCAUGAGCAUGCCUCCAUAAAUAAACUAACCCGGGUUUCUUCAGACCUGAUACACAGCUUGGGGGUAAAUAAAAUGGAGAAGACAAAACUCUCCUUACAGGAAGAAAACUGGGAGAGGAAACUCAGGAAACCACAUGAUCCUUACAAACGCAACUGGGUGAAGAUAAGGUCUGGAGCAUGGUACCUGAAGCCCAAGCUGUGGAAAAAGCUAAAAUAUGAUGAACCUUUGAUGGACCCCAAGGUCUCACUUGAAGAUCAGUAUGAAAAAGACAUUCUUGAAGACCUUAAGGGAACAAUUGCCUUUAAAGGUUUCAUUCUAAGCAAGAGCUACAAGAUGCUGAACUUACUUGCGAGGUUUAUCAGGAAGGGAUGGAGAUACGAUUCUGUUAAGACUCCUGUACACCAACUAAUAAAAAUCACAGAAGAAGAGCCGUGGGAAGAUGAUUAAACAGCUUUUUAUUUAUUUGAUUAAUUUCUCGUUACUUGGUUAUUUCUCUCAUUUUAAACAUCAAACAGAAUUCUUGACGAACAUCCAUCCCAACGUGGACACAACUUUGAAGUGCAACAUCCAGAAAUUUAACACCUAAUGCUUAUGAACAUUUCUCAGUGACCUUCUGCUUGGGUUCAUCGAUAUUUUAUAUACUUUAUCAGCUAUGAAAUCAUUAUUCACAUAUAUUCUCACAUUUGUAUAAUGUAAAUAUUACAUUGUUACAUCAAUUAUUUAUAAAAAGGAAACCAUGAAUAAAAGAAUUACUCAAAAAAAGAAAUAUUUUACUUAUGUCAGCUACAACCUGGGAUGCAUCUCAAAAUAAUUCUGCUGAGUAAAAGACUUGUUGUAGCUCCACUUACAUUAAAAUGAUAAUGAACUAAUUAUAGCAGUUAUUUUGCUCAGCAAAACAUGAAAUCUGUAGCCAAAGUAAUCUUAGAUUCAUUUAAUAAUGAAAUACUUAUCUCCCCUAUGAGAAUCGCAUCAAGCCCUAAAACGAGAUUGAAAGUUUUUCAUCAAAAUUACAGGUGAGGCUUUCCUUGUUUUAUCAUACCUCCCAAUUGAAUACAUUAAAAAUUUUUCACCAUAUUCAUAAAAA